GUCACAACGAAGUCUCAGAUACGAUUGCCCAGCCUGGGAAAUGGCUCUGGAAAUGGUUUUCAACCAUUUUCCUCCAAUCAAGUUCGCAUUCACAGGACGACUUGACAUGACAGACGUAACAGGAGAUUGUUUCUACAUCACUCGAGUCUCGCUAACUCGCCAACAGCUCGAUAACAACAUGUUUCCAAUCUUGGAAGACUUGGUAUCAGACAAGUGCUGUCCAAUGUGGACUCUUUAUUUGGCUAACUUUGGAAAUCUUAAUAGACAAGAAGGUCCACAAUUAUUAGUGAAAACCUCUGUAUCUAAAAAGGAAUCCCUCAACCAUUCAGAGAAAAGCAGAAGAAGCAGUGUAAGAUCCUCUGUGGUCUCGUUUAAUCGAGAAAAGAUCCUUUCUCCAGAUCAAUAUCUACUCAACUACGUCGAUUCGUUAAAAGAAACCUUACAACAAAAUGGAUUUUCCACAGAACCUACCAAAAAACACCAUCAUGCGUUAGAUGAGGACACCAUACGAGGAAAAUCACGCGUUAUUGGACAGUUUGUAGCAAAACAGAUGAGUGGAAUGGAAGAAAAGGAAGUGUGCUCCAACCAUAUGCUUGACUUGCACAUCAAUGAGCUUAUAGUUGAGCUAGUGGACAACAUCAUCCCCGUGGGCCACCUCCGAGUAGGUCUUCACCUAGAGAGAGCGCUCCUGUUCAAGGUGUUGGCUGACAGGGUAGGUCUGCCGUGUAGUCUGGUAAGGGGGUGGCAGCGGGGCUGGGUGGAGGUGUGUUUGCCCCAUCUUCCCCCCGCUCCACGCCCCGCCUACCCCGACAGUCUGCUAAGACCUAGCCACGUGGUGGAUCUGAUGAACAACCCUGGGGAACUCCUGCAGUUACAAAGCUACGAGGCUGAUCUGUAUUGCGGGGUCAAAUCAUGUUGAUAAUGGUUUAUGAUAGUAAAACUUAUAUUGUAUUUGAAACCCCAUUUAGUAAUGUCUCCUUCUACAUGGGAAUUUGUAUUAUGAUAAAUGCGUUAAUGAUCUGCAGCAUUAAAUUGUGUGGAUGUAGUUUGUGAAAAAGGUUACGAGUAAAAUAUU